AUGCUACUUGUUUCGUUGCUUCCUCGAACUCAUACGCUUUUCAGGAACGUGCAGCUGGCUGAAGCACCGACGACAGCAGCCGCAGCGGCGCCCGUCGGCGACACCAUGUUUCCUGGAGAGUCAGAGGAGUGGACAGAUGGUUUCGAUUGGGGUCUCGACGGUACGCCGGCUGAGGGCAAGGACAAGGGCAAGCGGAAAAGAGAUCCGCUGGAAUUGGAGCCACCGAACUUCCCCAUGACGUUUGGUGGUGGGCAGAAACUCAAGCGAACGAAAUACGAGAAGCAGCUGGAAAAGGCAGACCAGCUCGGGGCCAAAGGCAAGCAACAAGCCCGGAGCGUAAAGUCGUUUAACACGCUGAGGGUUCGGUCAAACGCGGAGGCCGAGCUCGAACUUGUCGACUGGAUCAACGAUGUUCGUUCGAAAGCCAUCUCUGCCCGCGUCUCUACAAGGAUGAUCAAGAACAAGGCGGCAUCGCUUUACUCGCUUUGGUUCGGCCCGAGGCCUGCAGCGAACGACCUGGAGGGCAGUAGAAAGUACCGCAACAAGCAGACUCACUGGUGCACGUUUCUAAGAACCAAUUGUCAUUCCGGGCGGUUACCAGGCAAGGCCAAAAACUCCCUUUCGGGUGGCCUGCGAUUGCCAUGAAAGCCGUCGAGGAAUGGAGGGCGCUUCGUCACGGAGAAAUCGACGGUGGGGGAGGACGGGGCACGGGGGGGGGGCAGCGAGCAGUGCGCCUUCGAAGCCACCUCUGUUGUUCAAGGAGGAGCAGAGCUACAGCAUGGAUGAAACUGCUGUGUGGAUGGAGGCCGCUGGCACGUCGACCGUGGCGGUGAGUAAAAAUAGUGUUGCUUUGAAUCAUGUGCCUGUCUUGUCGUUUCUUGGCAUUUACGUGCAAACGAUGGGCAUUGUCAUGCCAUAUUUCUUGCCGUAUACCUACUCAGUAUCCAGCCAGUAAGGCUAGACGACGUUGGUAUUGUGCUAAUGCCGCGUUUGAUUUUUCUUACCAUUCGCUCCCAUCAUCACUGUACUGCAAAACCAAUAUGUUCCUUUGUGCGUAAGAGCUGUGAUUAUAUCUACAAAAUGAACUUUUUUCGUCGCUUCUGCUGUCUCUAUUGCUUUUUGCUUUUCAUUUUUGUCGUUCGCAGCACACCGGUCAGGAAGAGGUGGCCGUCAAAACCGGUGGAAAGGAAAAGUUGCGGAUCACUGCCGUGCUUGCAGCGAACAUGAAGGGCGGCAAACUCCCGCCGCUGCUCAUCUUCAAGGGUAAGCCCACGGCGCCGGGAAAACCCCCCGCUACAAACAGCGUCGAACGAGAGUUCAAGGUGGGCAAGGACAAGAAGGGGGUAACAUUCCCUCAGAGCGUUGUGUACGCCGUGGACGACAAGGCGUGGCACACGCAGCGCGUAUUCAGGCAUGUUUGGCUCCCCAAAGUAUGAAGCCGGCGCCCGGGUCGUGAGGGGGUCCUGGGCAACUACCG